CACUGCUCUUCUUCUGAGCCCGUAAGACAGCAUUAUCCUGAUGGACAGACGUUUUUUCUCCUGUUCCCAGAUGGAAGUGGUCAGGUUUACUACCCAUCAGGCAACGUGGCCAUUCUCAUCACGUUUACCAAAGAAGGCCUAUUCACCUAUUGCAUCCUGGAGGACAGAAGGUACAUGGGGAUCAGGGCUGCCUUCGGGAGCCACGGCCAUGGGGUCUGCUUCCACCCUGAUGGCCAACUUUGCUUCAUGUUUGUUCCCAGGGCAGCUCUGGACCCCUGCACUGGGAUCUGCUUGGACCGCACAGGAUCCAGGCAGAAGCACUGGAAUUGGCAUGACUUCAGCCACCACGUUCACGGUCCUCCUUUCCAGUCCAUCACCAUGAAACUGAACGACCACAUCACCAUUAAAAUUCUGGCUCAGGAUCAAAUUGAUUUAUUGUUCACCAGCCGCAGCAAUAGCAUCCGUUUCAACGUGGGGUCCCGGCUCAAGUUGAAAGACCCAGAGACAAGUCACCUACUUAAGUGGGCGAAAAGUGAAGAGGAACUCUUCCUUCAGUCUAAAAAGAUUCAGCUCAAGAACCUGCUGUCCAAAAUACAGACAAUGCUGCAAUACUUCUGGCAGCCUCUCUCUCAGUGA